AUGUCGAACGACGUGUACAAAUGGCAUGAAAAAGAAGCCCGUCAACAGGUCAACCGUGCACAAACCUACCAUGCGCCCCAACCUUCCGUUGGAUCCGCCAAUAUCUCACACAUCAAGGCGCCAGGUGGAUUCCGCCGACAUUUCUUACAGCACGAUGCAGCGGCGCGUGGGGAUCCUGCGCCACAUAUCCCCACAAAGUCGUUUAUUGACUUCUUGGGGCUGUUUAAUAUGUAUGAAUUUGAACAUUUUGCGGGAGAGAACUUUCGACAGACACCGAGGCGGUCGAUUGUGGUGCCGAAGGAUCUGGAGAGGCGGAGGAAGAGUUUCGUGGAGGCUGAGGAGACAGGGGAGGGGUUGAAGUAUUUCAGGCAGGGGCAGGAAAUUGAGGAGGAUGAGACCGUGAUCGAGGAGCCUGAGGAACAGAUCUCGUUCUCGAAAGCCGUGGGUAUGUUGUUCAAAACGUUCAUUGCGAGUGGCAUCCUGUUCUUGCCCAACGCGUUCAAGAACGGCGGUAUCUUGUUUUCGUCCCUAGUCAUGACCCUGAUCGCAGUUCUGUGUCUACACUCGUUCCUGUUGCUGGUCAAGUGUCGUGAGCUGCAACCGGGCUCCUAUGGCGAGAUCGGCGGACACCUUUACGGCCGCUGGAUGCGGUACAUUGUCCUCUUUGCCAUCGCCAUCUCUCAGUUUGGUUUCUGCUGCGGAUACUGUAUCUUUUUCGCACAGCAGUUUGCGAUCGUGGUCGACAGUCUUGGAGGAGCCGAGCUGGAUAAGAUCGUCUGGAUCGCUAUCUUUUUCGUCAUCUUGGUGCCCUUCACUCUCAUCCGUAACAUCUCGAAGCUCGGAUUUAGUACGCUGAUUGCGGACCUGUGUAUUAUUGUCGGAUUGAUCUACUUGUAUGCGUACGAUAUCAAGCAGCUGGUCAUCCACAGAGACUCUCCCUUGCCACUGCAGCUAUUCAACAGCAAGGACUUUGGACUCUUUAUUGGCACAGCUGUGUUCUCGUACGAGGGCAUCGGAAUGGUGAUCCCAAUCUGCGGUAGUAUGAAGGACCCAAGGCAGUUCCCACGGGCACUGACGAUUGUCCUCACAGUUGUCUGCGUGCUCCUCGUCAGUUUCGGUGCCUUGGGUUACGCAGCCUACGGCGCAAACGUCCAGACCAUCGUCCUUGACGACCUACCCCGUGAAACCGGCGGCGAAAAGGCCGGCAAGAACGCCAUCCAAUUGUUGUACAUCAUCGCAAUCUUCCUCACCACGCCCCUGAUGCUCUUCCCUUGCAUCCGUAUUAUCGAGCACAUGGUCUUCAGGGCCGCGGGUACGGGGCCACGAACCAAGGCCAGGCUGAUAAAGGAAAACAUUGUCCGGAUCAUCAUCGACUUUGCGGUCGCGGCCGUUGCCUAUGCGGGUUACACUAAGCUGGAUAUCUUUAUCUCGUUCGUGGGAUCCUUUGCCUGUGCACCGUUGCUCUUCAUCUUCCCGCCCCUGUUCCAUUUCAAGGCCUUUCCCAACCAGCCAAUCUGGCGCAAGGUCAGCGAUAUUGUGCUCAUCCUCUUUGGAUUCCUCGUGUUUUUCUAUACCCUUGUUAUCACGAUUCAAAGCUUUUCAAACAGCAGUGAGCAUUGA